AUGACAUCCAUGGCCUCCGGGCUCGUCUCUUUCUCGCCGGCGUUUCUUCCGGCGAAAUCUCGAGGUGGGUUUCCUAAUAUUCGGAAUCGAUCUCCGUCUCUUCCCGUGGUUUCAGCGUCCUUAAGCCACGUAGAAGCAGACACAACAACAAGUCUCUGUUCCAACACUCUUGUGGUCUCAGAAUCAGCGGUUUUGCAUAACAUGUAUCUGGCAGAUCUGGAUCCAGGAACCGCUAAGCUUGCGAUUGGUAUCUUAGGUCCGGCGUUAUCAGCUUUUGGGUUUCUCUUCAUUUUGAGGAUUAUCAUGUCUUGGUAUCCAAAACUUCCUGUUGACAAGUUCCCUUACGUUUUAGCUUACGCUCCGACCGAACCAAUCCUUGUCCAGACUAGGAAAGUGAUUCCUCCACUUGCAGGGGUCGAUGUGACUCCAGUGGUCUGGUUUGGCCUUGUUAGUUUUCUCAGUGAGAUUUUGGUUGGUCCACAGGGACUUCUUGUUCUUGUUUCUCAACAAGUUAGCUAG